ACUCAAUUAUUAACUGAAAAAAAUAAUUAAAACUAAUUUCAAGUCCGCGUUCUUUCUCUCUUUCAAUUCAACCCAUCUUUUUCCCAAAUCAAUCAAAAUCCCUAAUUUUAUCCCCAAUUCAACACGAACUUGAGAAGAUAUAAAAGCUUAAUUCGAAUUACCUGUUUAAAUUCGAGCUAAGUUUCACUUCCUUAGAUCGAUACUCGCUUGAAUUGUAAAAAUUGGAGGCGCUCAAAGCUUGCAGUUUUCAAUAUUCUGGGCAAAAAUUUUUCUUUUUAAGUUUAUUUGAAGUUUUUUUCUUGAUGCUUUGUUGAAAGGAACGGCUAUGGAGUACGAUGCUUUCGAUAGUAGUGGAACAGAUGACGACCUCCCUCCUUCACAUCAAAAUAGAUUUCAAAGAGGGAGCCGCCCCGCUGGAAAUGGAAGAUCUGCAGUUGUUGGUUCUGCUAUGUUACCUAGGAUGCCGCAGAAUGAAAUGGAAACUCUGAUCCACAACAUUGAGCAAGAAGCAUACAGUUCAGUCCUUCGGGCCUUCAAAGCUCAAUCUGAUGCCAUCACUUGGGAGAAAGAAAGUUUAAUUACUGAACUUAGGAAGGAGUUGAGAGUAUCAGAUGAGGAACACAGGGUGCUUCUAUCCAGGGUUAAUGCUGAUGACAUCAUCCGGAGGAUAAGGGAAUGGAGAAAGGCAAGUGGCCUCCAGCCUGGUAUGCCAAGCAUCCCCCCACCUGUUCAUGACCCUGCACCGAGUCCAACUGUUUCAGCAUCACGCAAGAAACCAAAAACUUCUCAGUCUGUAGCUUCUUUGUCAAUGGGUGCACCAUCUCCUGCUUUGCAUCCAUCUAUGCAGCCAUCUUCAUCUGCCAAGAGACCAGGUCCUCCAGCAGGCAAGAAACCAAAAUCAUUAUCUACAGGUCUAACUGGAAGGGCCCAAGUUGGUAAUCGGGGCUCUUUGGGGGCCUUUGUGGCAAAUGAGCCUGCUGAACCAGCAACCUAUGAUCCCUUAAUUGGAAGGAAAGUUUGGACAAGGUGGCCUGAAGACAACUACUUCUAUGAGGCUGUUAUAACUGAUUACAACCCUAUUGAGGGGCGGCAUGCUUUGGUUUAUGAUAUUAAUACAGCAGAUGAAACAUGGGAAUGGGUCAAUCUCAAAGAGAUAUCACCGGCAGAUAUCAGAUGGAAUGCUGAAGAACCUGGGAUUUCUCGUAAAGGUGGCCGCCCAGGGCCAGGACGUGGGAUUAAGAAAUCCAUGGCACGUGGUGGUGCUGUUCCUGGGGCAGGAAGAGGUAGAGGGACCAUGAAGGGUCAAUUAAAGAAGGAUUUUCCUUUAUCACAGAAUGGUAUCAGGAAGAAGGCUUUGGGUGACAUUGAAAUUCUUCACACGGAUACUUUAAUCAAGGAGGUUGAGAAAGUUUUUGGUUCUAAUCAUCCCGAUCCCUCAGAAAUUGAGAAAGCAAAGAAAGUGCUAAAGGAUCAUGAACAAGCCCUAGUCAAUGCAAUUGCAAGGCUCGAAGAUGCAUCUGAUGGUGAGAGUGCAGACGAGGCAGAACAUCCAUUCUCUCAAGGGCAAUCUACAGACCAGGAACAAGGAUGGCAAAAACGACUGUAUAGUGAGAUGGGUGGAAUGGUUGAAGGCUCAGAGGCCAAUAAUGGAAAGAAAGGGUAGAAUUUCAUCGGAUAUGAGCGAUGAGGCGAUGAAAUUAUGAUUUAGUAGACCGGUUUAGCCAGCUGGGCAGUCAUCCAAUAGUCGAUUAAUUUAUCUGAUGAUCAAGGAUGAUUGUUGAUUUAGUAAAUUAUGUAGUUAGCCAGUUGCAUGUUUUCUUGUAUUUACGUAAUUCCUUUGUAACUGGAUAACCAGCCGGCUAAAUGACUUUCAUGAGCUGGUGUUUGGUUAGGUUUGAGUUCAUUGUAAGUUUAUUCAUCUGAAUUCAGGUAGAUGCUGUUGUAAAUGUAACAAUCAUUUAUCAUACUGAUUUGAUUGCUCUUCUUUCU